GGCGCGGGAAGCCCCAUCUGGCGGCGGCGGCGGCGGUCUCGGCGGCACCAUGUCGGGGGACUUCGGGACGGGCAAGACAAUAUUCGUUUUAGCCAUAGUAGUGGGCUGUUUCGCGGUGCUAUGGCCCAAGAUAUUCUACCCAAUGCUUACGGCCUCCGUUAAGCAGCCACCCUCCGCGAGACAAGCUGUGAAACAUGAGCCUGUGAAACAAGAGCACAGCUGGAGGAGCUCAGCCAAUGUGGAGUUCCUGACCAAGCUUUGCUACCUGCUGGAGGAACAUGAUGGUGGGGAGAGCCGGUGGGCAGAGGGCCGGUGUGGGGUGGAGCUGUGGCAGCACUGUGGCCACCCCAUCUCCGAGCCCCUGCUGGAGGCCGUCAGGCUGGGCAAGGACAAAACCAACCUGACAGAGUGCCUUGCCUCCACCUAUGGCCUGACUCCUGCUGUGGUGGCAGCUGCAGCGCCUCCCAAAGUGCGGCCACGGUCUUACCUCAUCCAGGGUCCCCAUGCCCGGCCGGAGCGCCCUGCCCACCUCUACCCCGAGAUGGUCCACCCAGCUCUGAGGGAGAAAGGCCGAGCCAUGCCACAGCGCACCCUGGACAAGCAGGCACGGCCUGGACCCAUGCCAGGGGUGCGGCCGCCCAUGGGGGGAGCAGGAGGCAUUGUUCCUCCGCCCCAGAGCAAGGGUUCCGGAGCCAUGGGGAUCAUCAUGCCUCUUUAUACUGUGGGCAUCGUGGUCUUCUUUGUGUACACCAUCAUGAAGGUCCUGUUCAAGAAGGGACAUGAUGACGACAAGACCCCGAAGCUGAAGGACUUUGGUCUGGACCCCGAGUAUCGAAAAUAUGUGUUUGCUGAAGAGUACCUGGACAACGCAGACGCCUCGACCCGCGACCAGAUCCGUCGGCAGCAGCGUGAGGACUCCAGGACGUCUCGGAGGAAGUUCCAACAAGAAAUGCACCCAGGUGCUACGGACACCAAAAUUGGAGGAAGAGGAAGCCGCUCCCAGAACAAGAUGAACACUAAUGGAAAGAAACUUGGGGAGUGGUAUCUCCCGGAAGGCUUCCUUACCCAGUCUCUGGAUCAAGACUCAGACAGUGAGGUCACUACUGGAGGCGCCAACAUCACGGAGUCUCUGCAGGAGACAUAUCGUGACCGCCUCCUAGACGGGUUAGAAUGUAAUAAUAGGAACUCUGGCUUAUCCAUACAGGAGGAGGAGGAAGAUAUCUUCUCAGAGACAAGACAAGAGAUAUUAAAUCUUUUAGCAACAAAGUAUGGAUUUUACUUGGACCAGCAGGAGGAGGAGGAACAGCAGUUUGUGAGGGCUGCAUUACAACUGCUCAAAACUGGAGUGCCCUUAGAGAAUGAGGAUUACUACAGUAAACCACCACCACCAGUAAGACAAAACACACUGGACCUGUCUGUCCUGAAGGAUGACUCUGCCUCAGAUGACAAGGUUGGUGAGGCGAGCGGAUCAGAGGCAGAAGAGGACUUCCCAAAGAAAGGACUCCAGGCAAGGAGCAAUACACUUACAGAGUUUAAAGAUCUUCCUGGGUUACAAGAGGAGGAGCAGUGCACUCAGCCAGCAUUCCUGGAGGAGCUGCAGGAAGGUCUGAGAAGGAGAGGACUCAAGUGGACACUUAGCACAGAGGAGGAUUUGAGUCCAAGAAAUGAAGAACAGAGUCAGACUGACACCUCAGAGAAUGUUGUAGAUACAUCUCAGGAAUCUGAAGUCAUUGCUCCCUCUGAAGAUGCUCCCUGUGAAGAAGAGAGUGGUGGACAAGCAAAGACUGACUGUGACAAAAUCUCCACAGCAAUUUCUGGCAUUUUAGCCGAGCUUGAUCACUAUUCUCACAGCUACAGUUCCUGCCCUAAGGAGGAGGAGGAAAUGAGCAAAGUGACAGAGGAGGAGGAGGAGGAGGAGGGGGAGCAGAAGGAGGAGAAGGAGAAGGAGGGAGAAGAGGAAGAGAAGCAGCCAGAGGAGGAGGAGGAAGAGAAGGAGGAGGAAUCAAAGAAGAGGAGGCAAAGGGGAGGGAGGAAGAAUGUAUCUCGCAGUGGAGGCCAUUGUGUCUGCCCCUCAAACCCCAAAGUACAGGAGAAUGCAAAGAAUAACUCGUGUUUAAGAAAUACAUUGCGCUGUGGAUGUGUAAAUUCCUCCUCCUUCUCUCCAUCUUCCCCUCUUUUCUCCUCCACCCCCUCCCCUUCCUCAUCUGUCACCUGUACUUGCCCAUCCUCCUCUUCCUCCGCCUUCUCCUCCUCGUAUACUCCUGUACACCCAACACAUCCCUAUCCAUCCUCUAAUUUAUCUUCCACAUCUUACUCCUGCUCCUCUUCCUCUGCCCCCUCCUCUGCCCCCGUCUGUACAUGCAACUCCUCUUACCUUCGCCAAGCCAUUCCUCUUGGCUAUGCUAAAUUGUCUGUCGGAAAUAACACACCAUUCACAGACAACACCACUGAGGCCCCACAGCCUGCACAGAACCAUACACCACACACACACUCACCACACACACACCCAAGCACUAAUGCACAAGAUUCACACCACACACAGCCUUCACAAAGCCAGUACCCUACCACUACCACCACCCAUACUGCCACCACCACCACCACCUGCACCCUGCCCCCAACACUUCCCAAGGACCCAUCCCCCACAGCCAGUAACCCUGCGAGCGCUUUAAGGCACUUCAGGGGGCAAGGAAGAGAAGGGAGAGAAAACUGCAACUCCCUUUCCUCCUCUUCCUCCUCUUCCUCCUCCUUCAGUAGUAAGAGAACUCCCUCCACUGCGAGAUGCGAGGAGGUGAGUGAGAUCACCAGUGAGGAGGACCCCAGUAGUGAGCAGUUCACCGCCACUCUCAGUGAGGACAACUCCCUCCCCACCUCCCUGCGCCACCACCUGCAGGAGCUACAGGUAGACCAGCUGUCCAGCUUUUCAGAAGCUCUUCUUGGGGAGGUUAAGCAGCUGCAGAUGGGGGGAAGGGGUGGAGACAUCCUGGGACUGAGGGACUCCACCUCAGAAGAGGAGGAGCCCUUGGAGGAGGACCAGGUUGUGGUGCCCGAGGUGAAGGUAGAUGGUGUUCCCGUUAUUUCCUCCCCCAGCGUUGUAGACACCUCCCCUCCCCCACCCUCUCCUCCACAGGCAGAGGUCAGCACCCCAGGUGAACCCCAGGGGGAGGCCCCUCUUGAAGGGAAAGCUUCCUCUGGGGUGAACCAGGAUGGUGCUGCCCCAAAGGAGGGUCACACAGAUGUUUCAGCACAGCAAGAGGAAGCCAUCUCUGAAGGUGACAAGGCUGAGGCCCAUGACAUCGCACCACCACCACCCAAACACCCUCAGCCCCCCACCACACCUGCCGAGCCACAGGACACCCAGGACAAGCAAGCAAAUGUCAAGACACCCGUGGCACCUGAACCUACCAAGGUCACUCCUGCCGGUAAGGAGGUCACCUUCAAAUUGCCCUCAGAAUCAUCUUCCACCAGUGCCACAGGAAGUGAGGAAGGCCCCUCAGAGGCCACAGAGACAGGUGCAGAUAUUUCUGACUUUGUCUCCUUUGCAGAAGAAAACCACCAAGAAGAGGUAUGUCAACCAGCCCAGGUAGUGGUGCAGGAAGAUGUGCCAGAGGUGGUUUACAAAGCUGCAGAUGCUCCUCAGGAGGUAGCUGUUGGCUCAGGCAGCAAGGGUAUAUCCACACAGACUCUGCCAGCUACCAGUGCUGAACACAGCACUCAGACAGAGAAGGAGAGGGAAAUUGCUGUCAUGGGACUGGACACAUCGUUCAAGCGUGAGAAAGAUGUCCCUUCUGUGCCGGCGGAGGUGCCUGAGAUCCUCCUGGAUGCCCUCCUGCCAUCAGAGACACAGCUUCUGGUCAAGGACACCAAGGACACCAAUGUGGAGAUGGAGAGCAGCGAGGCUGGUGCUGUGCCCUGUAUUGUCACCAGCCAUGUCAGUCUGGCCAUCCUGGGACUGGAAGGUGGCCAGCCAAGCAUCCCCACCCCUGUACAAACGUCUUCCCCUUCCACCACUGACCCAAAGACUGUCACCACUACCUCCACUCCACACCAAUCCCCACCACAGCCACCCACCACCAUUCCAGAGCAGCCAGCCACCACUACUCCCGAACAGCCAGCCACCACCACCCCUGAACAUCCAACCACCACCACUUCUGAACAGCCAGCCACUACCACAGUCACCACCACUCCAGAGCAGCCAGCAGUGAUUGCUCCUCUCUUCACAGGUUCUACCCCAGUAGUCAGCACCAUCACUGCUGCCCAGUUCACCAAAGAGAUCACACCAGAGAGGACCCCUUUGAUGAAGGAAACCCCAAAGGCUGAGGGGGAUGCAGUGAUGGUUGCUCCUCUCUUUACUGCCCCUGCUCCUGUUGUCAGCUCCAUCACUGCUGCCCAAUUCACUAAAGAGCGCACACCAGAGAGGACCCCUGUGAUGAAGGAAACCCCCAAGGCUGAGGGGGAUGCAGUGAUGGUUGCUCCUCUCUUUACUGCCCCUGCUCCUGUUGUCAGCUCCAUCACUGCUACCCAAUUCACAAAGGAAGCCACGCCAGAGAGGACAGUCGUGACAAAAGAAACUCCAGAUGAUGAGAAAGACUCAACACCAGCCACUCCUGCUGCUCCAUUCUAUGCUACAGCACUUCCAGCCGUCAGCACUGUUACCGCAGCCCAGUUCAUGAAGGAAUCCACUCCAGAGCGAACACCAGUGAUAAAGGAGACACCAAAAGCUGAGGGUGAUGCUGUAAUGGUUGCCCCACUCUUCACUGGCCCCACUCCAGUGGUGAGCACCAUCACCGCCGCCCAGUUCAUCAAGGAACCCACUCCUGAGAGAACACCAGUCAUUAAGGAAACUCCCAAGGCCGAAGGCGAUGCAGUGAUGGUUGCCCCGCUCUUCACUGGCCCCUCCCCCAUGAUCAGCACCGUCACCGUUGACCAGUUCACCAAGGAGCGCACCCCAGAAAGAACUAAGGUGAUCAAGGAAACACCAAAGGCAGAGGGUGACGCAGUGAUGGUUGCUCCCUUCUUCAGCUCCCCGACUGCUGUGGUCACCACCCUCUCCGCCGACCAGUUCACCAAGGAACCGACCCCAGAGAGAACACCUGUGACGAAGGAAGUGUCAAAUAACGACUCAGCAUCAUCAGCUUCCCCCGCUGCCCCACCUGCUGCCGCCGCCUCUGAGCCCACACCUCCCACCAAGACUGUGGGUGGGAAGGUGGUGGGGGAGCCUCCUGCCCCCGCUGCGGCCCCCCCUGCUGUGGAGGCCAUGGCGGAGGCCAUCGUGGCCUCCACCACUCGUGCUGCCUUGGAUCAGUUGAAUUCCUUGCAAGAGUCCUCCACGGCCUCCACGGAUGAGUCGUCAGCCUCCACCGUCCAGGAGAGGGUGGAGGCUGCCCUUGCUGAGGCCGUGAGGGAGGAGGCACCCCCCCCAGCUGCCCCAAAGCCUAAGGAGAGUCCCGCCUCAAGCAAAGGCUCCAGCCCAGACAUGGAUGAGUAUGAGGUCAUAACUAAAGAUGACAGCACCACCACCACCACCACAACCUCCACCUCCACGCCCAGCCAAGAUGCCACCAAAGCCUCUGCUGCCGCUGCCACUCCUGCCACUCAAAAGUCCGGCCCUCAGACUCAGACGCAGCCAACGCCCACUAAGCCACCCGCACCACUUAAGAGCGCGGCAGCUCCAGUCAAGGGUCAGGAGAAGAAAGAAGAGGAAGAUGAGGAGGAGGAGGAGGAGGAAGAGGAGAGUGAAGAAGAAGAGGAGGAGGAGGAGGAGGAAGAGGAGAGUGAUGAAGAAGAGGAAGUUGUAGUCAGAGUUAUAAGAAAAGUAGUCCCUAAAAAGCAAGUGGAGGAAGAAGAGGAGUCAGAAGAAGAGGAAGAAGAGGAGUCAGAAGAAGAAGAAACAACAGAAUCCGAAGUAGUGGUGAAGAAAGCACCAGUCACCACCAAACAAACGGUUGUCAAGACCAUCACAAAGUCUGUUCCAGCAACACAAAAGAAACAGGAAGAGGAGGAAGAAUCAGAGGAAGAGGAAGAGGAGGAGGAGGAGGAAGAGGAAGAGGAAGAAGAGGAAGAGGGGGAGGAGGAAGAGGAGGAAGAAGAGGAGACAGAGGAGGAGGAAGUCCCCAAAACCAAAACGACAAAGCCAAGCCAAAACCUUAAGAAGUAAAUGGCUCCACAAUGCAAUACUUUUCCCUCUUAACACAAAAGGCUAGUGGUAGAAUGAGAUAACAUUGAAUUUGGAAGUAUAAGUAGAAUAAGCAAACCCAGACACAUACAUACACACAUCAGUACUAUAAAAAAGCCACCUUCUUUCCCUCUUCAGGAACUCAACCUUGGGAAAUGUGUGAUUAUGUACAAGCAGACAGCGAGGCAAUCUAAUGAAUAUCCUAUUGCUAUUGUUGACGUCACAGACUUUGCCCAAUAAUUUUGCGACUAUGAGGUGCAAGGAUUUGGUAACCAUUCACUUUGUACUGAUUUAGUUAACUAAAAAAAUCUUUCCUUUAUGACUGAUAGUUUUUGGAAAGUAAUUGAGUGGAGAGUUCUUGUAUCUUUUUAUGGUAUCAGUUUCAUUCACAUGUAAAAGAGAGAAAAAAGUACCAUUAAGAGUGCUGUCACCAGUGGAUUGGCUUAUAUAUAUCAGGUAGUGUUUCCGUGAAGAUUUCUUGUAUUUAUCAAAACUCAUUCUUUUUUUCCUGCUGCUCCAGUAACUCACUUCACAUACUGUAAAGAAGUUUCUGGGUAAAAAGUAAUGGUGAUGGUUACAGUGGUGUAUGUCCUGGCUCAAGUGCCCAGUAAUUAUAUCCUGUUUUUACCAGUGUUAGAAAUGGGAUCUAAUUCACUCGUCUCUGAGGGCAGAGGAAGUGGCUUUUUACCGCCCUGCCUACACCAACACUUCAGACUCUGUGUCAUUAACAAAGUGUGUGUGCAUGUGUUAGCCCUUUUACUGCUGUGGCUCUAUGUUGACAUUCAAAGAUACUAUAAAGCAAAGAGAAUAGGAGGUUAAUUUUGUCUUUUUGUGGUUACAGAAUUAUUUAAGAGACUGUAGUACAAAAAUAAGUUUAAAAAUGUGAAUAUGGUUAAAUUUGUCUAGCUGUGAAAGGGUUGGAAGAGAUACAUGAGUAUGUGUGACUGUUUUAAAUCAUUAAAGAUUAUUGAACAGUGUCACUUACUAAUGCAGAAUUCAGGUAUAAUAUAAAUUCAAACACACACACACACACACACACACACACACACACACACACACACACACACACACACACACACACACACACACACACACACACACACACACACACACACACACACACACACUGCAGUCAUUGCUUAUGCUCUUUCUCAUCUUACUCUGGUGACUUACUUACCCUUGUGGUCUGUUUCAAAAGGAGUUCUGUAGUUUUAUGUGUUACUUUCUUCAAGCAGGUAAUCUUUGCAUGAGACACAAGUAGUCAUUCAACUUCUUGCACAGCGCUUCUCUAGAUGAACUCUGUUAAAAGUAAAGAAAAAAAUGCUCAGCUAUGUAAGACAAACAGUCCUAUUUCUCCUUCUGUUUCUGUGGCUGGAUUAUGGUUGAGCUUGACGAGAAAUGGAUUGAGGAGUGAACAAUGAAAUACUAGGAUGGCUUUGUCCAUUUGAGAGGAUGCAUAUUUUUAUACUCCUUGUUUAUUUGUGCCAACAUUAAUCAGGUUUACCGAGAGACCAACAAAGCCAUGCAGUGGACCUUACUGUUGACUAAAAAGUGCUAUACUAUUCACACUACUCAUGUGCAAAGUCUUGAGGUUUGUUUCUCAUGCAACAUUUGACAGAAGUACUCUCAGUAUAUGCAUGACAGAUGAAGGGCUCCAUUUUGUAGUUCAUUGAGUGAGGAGAUUAAGUAGUACUCCUUUAUCCAUAGACACCUUGUAGGAAUUCUGUAGUUGUUAGAGAUAACCUCAUAGACAAUAACAGCUCUGUGACAUUACUAAUAUAACAGAUUCCACACUCACUGCCUUAACCUUAUUUAACUAUAAAAACUGUAAGAAGUGAGGUACUUCUUAUUCAUCAUCAGGAAUCUUGAUGUAUGUUAAUUUCCUCUGACCACCACCUACAUAAAUGUCAAACUUUAUGGUUUUUUUCAUCCAUUUUGCUCCUUUAAAUCAAUCCAUAAUUGUGUCAAUUAAUAACAAUGGAUGAGGAGUGAAAUGGAAAAAAAAAAUUAAGCUUGUUCAGACACCUACACAUACGCACAGACACACCAAUGGUAUAACUGUCUUCUUGAGGAAGAGAAUAGGGUGUGUGGUUUGUGAAAGGUCUCACUUUAUCCACAGAUUAGAAUAUACAAACUAGGCUCUCAGUGGGAGGCUGAAUCUGAUCCUCAAGACCUUACAUCUUACACUCUCACACACAAUUUUCUUUCUCUCAUAAAUGCCUUGACAAUAAUGUAAAAGAAAGUUGUAGGCUGGUCACACUGUUUAAGUAUAGUUAUUUAAGUCAUGUAUUGACCAGGGUGAUUCAUGCAUUUUUCAGAUGAUGGACUGUGUUUUUUCUAGUCAUAUGACAAGGAAAUCAUUGCUGUUUAUUUCAUCUCUGAACCUCAACUUCUGUAACCUUCACUGCAGUUCUUUAUAGGCAUAUCUCACAUAUAUUUUUAAGAUUGCCAGCUUCAUAUCUCUCUGAGCAGAUGAAUGCUGCCUCCACUACAGUGUGUCUCAAGGACUUAGAGCAUCACUGAAGCUGCGCAUUCUCUGCUUUGACCCAUUACCACCACAUCCAAGGUGACCUGUAACAUGUGUUACUCCUUCACACUACUGACCUGUCUCUUGUACAGUUUUCCUUCACUAACCGAGAAUGAAUGUACUGACUGCAUUUUUAAGAAGUAUUUUUUAGCUGUUGGUGAGUAGUAGGUGUGUUUACUUCUGUAAUAAUUAUGUUGUUUAUGGGCUUUGGGGAUUGGCCAAGAUUUGUGUAGGUCAGUCAGGCAUGUCUGACUGUGUGCUAUCAAACCAUUGCUACAUAGAUGAAAUUUAUAUUCCUGGCCAAAGUGAGGGUAGGUUACAGUGCUUUCCAUGUGUGUGGGAGCUACAGAAGUUUCAUUAGUUAUAUAAUCGGCAGUGUUGUGACAGCCAAGCGUCUAACCUCCGGUGGCAAGCACUCAAGUUGAUGUUUUUGUAUAUUGAAAGUCCAGCACCAGGGUGGGCAGUACAUUGAUGUGUAUCUCUGUUAUAGUGUUUCCCUUUGUACGGGAGUCCUGUAAUUUACUCUUGUUAUUUAUAUACAUACAUAGUAUAUAUAUCCUAAGAAAGGUAUAUACUGUUACUGGAAUGUUAUGGUGUCGAGUGUGCAAUGGUUUGCUGUAGUGGAGGUGCUGAACACUUGAGGAAUCUUUAUCUCUAUGUGAACUCCUUUUUAGCAGACUUUUUUUCUAGGCUGGAACGGAGAUUAUUCAGCAAAGUUAAUGACUAGUAGUGUCAGUUACGGAGAGGAUGAGUAAGAGGAAAACAAGCAACAGUUAGAAAGGAGACCACACAGUCCAGUGUCAACACAGGCAGUGAUAAGAAACAAAGCAGGUGGUUAAAAGAUAUGAUCCACAUGUUUUAUAGCUUCUGUCCUCACUGUGGAGGUCAUUAUGGGUAAUAGAUAAUACUGAGCAGCAGGAGCCACAUCUGACCUAAGACUGCCUUCCUCCUUCCCUCUACUUGUCCCAAGUGUCCAAGGCUGAUGCGUGCAGUAGUGGUUGGUUGACCAGCAAUAUUAACUAGUUGUGAUUACAUUUAUCCUAGUCAAUAUCUUCUAGUCAUAUUCCUGUGUUCACACAAUGAUUUGUGAGUCUCCAUAUUGGGUUAAUAAUAAAAACAUAGAUCUGAAAAA